GUGAGCUGCGGCCUCCAGGGGGCUCCUUUGUGUUGGAUUCACCAGCAGCUGCAGCCUCCAAGCUGCAAACCCCUGGGUCCAUGCAAAUUCAGCCCUGUGUGAGUGUCAAGCCCCGCACCCUGUCUCCAGCCUCGUCCCACGGCUUCCUACUGCGAUCUGACGCUGCGUCAAGGAGACAGAUCAGUCGCACCCACAUCCCAUCUCCCCUGCCAGCUGCCCAGAUAGCGCUCCCCGCCCUGAUUCACCGGCUGCUCGGAGCUGCUCCUCGGUACCCGCAGCAUCUUCCCUCUUUCAUUGGGGAGGCUCAUUGUGUUGAGAAAAGAUGGUGAAACUGGGGAAUAAUUUCAGUGACAAGGGUGCGAAGCCUCCGAUCUGUGAGGAUGGAUUUGAUACAAUCCCAUUGAUGACCCCUUUGGAUGUCAACCAGCUGCAGUUCCCACCUCCAGACAAGGUGGUUGUGAAAACAAAGACUGAAUACGAGCGGGAUCAUAAGAAAGGCAAAUUCCGAGCCCCCAAGAUUGCUGAAUUUACUAUCAGUAUCAGUGAAGGAGUGUCCGAGAGGUUCAAGGUUACCGUUCUGGUCCUGUUUGCUUUGGCAUUUCUGGCCUGCGUUGUGUUCUUGGUUGUCUACAAGGUGUACAAAUACGACCAUGCCUGCCCUGAAGGCUUUGUGCUUAAGAACAAUCGAUGCAUUCCGGCAGCUCUGGAUAACUACUACACCGAACAAGAUCCCAGCGCUCAAGGAAAGUUUUAUACGGUCAUCAAUCAUUACAACCUUGCCAAGCAAACCAUCACGCGUUCCGUAUCCCCGUGGAUGACCGUCCUGUCAGAAGAGAAGUUGUCUGAGCAAGAGACCGAAGCCUCCCAGAAGUCUGCUUAGCCUGAUUGGCGCACGUUUGGCAAUGUUAGGGGACUGAAAUGGAACUUUCAAAGUAACUGCUUGCUUGCCGCUGGUAGCCAAGCGGUUAAGGAUAAUUUAGAGGUAACUUGUAUUUAUGGUUAAAAGCGCUUCUGUUAACUGGUAUUGCUGUGCACACAUAACUGUACAGAUCAUCCAUACAGUAGGUACAUCAACGUGAGGGCCCCAACAGUUGUCAUUAUUUGCUAAAUAAUUUCACACCGAUGAAACCACGGGUUUUCUUUAUUUUUUUCUGGUUACGGAUAUGAUGAAAGAGUGAUUGAGGAGAUGGUUACAAAGCUAUAAGAGAGAGUAACGUUGGUUGUGGAACUAAGCCGAGGGCAGUACGACCUGAUUUGUCUUGCGAGUAAGCUAUGAAAGAAGUAAAUAUGCCGGAGGAUUUCGUAGGAUAUAUAAUGUGCUAAGAAAGGUCCCUAGACUAUUUAUAUUAGAUUGACUGCAACGAUAUUGGGCAGAAGAAGACCAUGAAGCCCAUCUUUUAAUACAUAUCCUUCAGUGCAGAAAAGGAAUACACUUAAUGGGACUGUUUUAUUAGGAUAUGGGGGAUGCACCCUCAUCCUCCAUUUAACACCUCCUAAAUAUGAGUUUUACACUAAAGGUCCAAUCCAUAGCCUCCCCUUUGAAUGUACAAUGAUGAACAUUUUUCGAUUUGAUGUUUUUCUAGUUUAGUCGAGUAGCAAUAUACUGAAUCAUGUGUGAGUGUUUUUGGCUCAUGUUGUAACGAUAUAUACCGUGGAACCCGCUCCUUCUGCAUAGUAGGUCUUAAUAAAUAAUGUUUCCAUAGCAGUCAUACCUGAUUAACGCCCCACGUACCCCAACAUUCUGCAAUUCAGAACAGUUAAUGAUUUAGGAAGCCUAGACAGGCCAGUAAACUAAUCACUUAUGAAGUGGUGUAGCACUUUUAUUCCCCAUAUAAAAUGACAAUUCGGCAAAGAGAGAACAAUAAACAUUGGGAAACUUCCCCCCCCCUCACCGAGGAGAGUAAUUACACAGUCCAGAGAAUACAAUCUGAAAGACGCGGUCCAGCAAUACAUAGUAGGCAUUUAAGCCAUGGCUGAGGGAUUCGAACAUGCAGUGAGAUGUAACGGAAGAAGAACUGUCAGUGGGAUAUUGCUUUCUAGAUUAGACCCUUCAGGACAGAUAUGUAUAUACGGCUUAUAUAAGGGGGGGCAGCAAGGAAAAACAAAAGAUGAACCACAGUGGAAGAUCUAGAAGUUCCUUCUCUUGUUUCCAAUGCUCAAGAGAUGUUUUUGAAAAUCAACAUCACUACACCUAUAGACCCCAUAAGGCCUUUCCAAUGUAAGAAUGAACUGUUUUUUCUUUUGCUUUUUUUGGUAUCAGACAGGCAAUUCCAUGAUCUAUAUAGGUUUGAUACCAUUGAAAGCAACCCACUUGUUGGUAGGUUUGGACAAAGGGAUUAAGGAUAUUUGAAAAUCAUUUGAACAUUCCUGCUUUAAUAGAGCCUGAUGGAUGCUUUGAUUUUCAGAAGCAAAAAAUAGUCCACUGUAAAGUGUUUCCAGCCUCUGUAGCCCAAGGCACAGUAAACCCAUUUGUUGAGCUUAACUGGCUUAAUCCAUUUGCCCAUUAUUAUAAAACAUAAAAAUCUAUGUUGAAACACAACCGGAAUAAAAGAGAAGAUGCUGAAUUGACCCUGGACUUAAACAUCAGAUGUAUGUAUGUCAUUGAUAUAGAGGUUUCCUAUAUAAUAGUAUGGUAACAAUUUAUUUUUACCUGUGGAAGCUCUAAUGUUCUCAGUGGCUGAGGACUGGUGUAGGGCUGUGAAUAUUGAAAGGCUCUCAUUGGUUACUCAGUGGUUUUGUCAACUACCCACAUUUAAUAAACAUGGACUAGGGCUUUUACCCAACUGAAAUGUUCUUAAGAAUAGAGUUUCCUAACUUUUAUAGUAAUCACAGAGGUGAAUUAACUGUGUAUAAAUGUGAUUUACACUACUACUUUUUAUUGUAAGCCCCCCCCUUACAAUCUGACUUUAAUGCUGCUUUUCUAUCCCGACCAUUGGAAUAAGUUAUCCGUUAUAGUGCUAAAAACUGCAGAUUUACUGCUAGAAAUAUCAAUCUAAAUAUUCCAUUUAUUCUGGGCCCCUACACGAUCUGCUGGGAGUAAAAGCUGACACAUUUCUGUACUGUAAUGAAGGAGGUAAUACAGAAUUAGAUAGAUUGGCAUUAUUGGUGUUUUUUAGGCAGAAAAGGGAUAAAAAAAAAAAAAACCUCUCUCUUGUAAUAUAGUUCAGCUUUUUCAUUAAACGCCAUUUAACAAUACAAAUACGCAAAGAGUUAGCUGACCGACCACUUAGUCCUGGUUAGGAUGUCACUGCACCAUAGUAAGGCAUUGUAGUUAAUGUUGUUGUGCGACCACAUCAUCCAAUUAGAAAUGCUCGAAUUUGCUGCCCCACCAUUGACGAUUCCGCAAGCAUCGCUUCUUACCAUGUUAAUAGACUCAACACUGUUCAGUCUGUUUGAGAAUAUUGUGUGUUAAGGGGACAUCAUGCUAUCGUUUGCAUUAUUUUAUCCUCAUGCUGGUUGAAUGUGAUUUUUUUUUCCCACAGUGGACAUUAAGAUUUUUUUUCUUUAUUAAUUAAUAAAAGUGAAAAAAUAUAAAA